UUCGAGCAAGUCAACAUGCCGGACGCAGACUCAAGUCCACCUGCAAAGUAUUUUGUGCAACGACAGGUUUUCGAUGAGUUAUCUUUCGAAGAAGCUGCGAGGAAAGGAAACUGGUCUUCCAAACCGUCCAUCAGAGAGCGUUUGACAGACGCCUUCAAGUGCUCUCUGCCCCGGGUGAAGCAGACGAUCCUGAGCACGGUGCCAGUCCUGGGCUGGCUGCCUAAAUACUCCAUCAGAGAAAAUGCCUUUGGAGACUUGGUGUCAGGCUGCAGUGUGGGCAUCAUGCAUCUGCCUCAGGGCAUGGCAUAUGCCCUGCUGGCCUCUUUACCGCCGGUGUACGGCCUGUACUCCUCGCUCUUCCCAGUCCUGAUCUACUUCAUCUUCGGCACCUCCAGACACAUCUCCAUCGGGACAUUUGCAGUUGCCAGUGUGAUGAUUGGCAGCGUGACAGAAAGACUCGCCCCAGACAGCGAUUUUAUCUCCCCUGGAAAUGUUACAAACAGCACAGGGGAGAUAAACAUUGCUGAACGUGAUGCUUACAGAGUGAGGAUCGCGAGCUCCGUGGCUGUCCUUUCAGGAUUGUUUCAGAUCCUUCUUGGGCUGGUGAAGUCUGGCUUCGUGGUCAACUAUCUGUCUGAGCCACUCAUCCGUGGUUACACCACAGGAUCCGCGUGCCAUGUCUGCUUAUCUCAGAUUAAAUAUAUAUUCGGGCUGAACCCGUCGCGUGCCAAUGGCCCUUUGUCUCUUCUUUAUACCUUCUUGAACAUCUGCUGGCUGCUGCCCCAGACAAAGGCGCCGGAGGUGGUGGUCAGUGUCCUGUCGCUCACGGUUCUGAUCGUGGUGAAAGAGUUGAGCGCGUGCUAUGCGCACAAGCUCCCCAUACCCAUUCCCAUUGAACUGUUUGUGAUCAUCGUUGCAACUAUCAUCACACACUUUGGUGGACUGGCCGAAACCUACGACAUCGAUGUGGUCGGAGAAAUCCCCAGUGGACUAAAGCCUCCACGUGCGCCAGACAUGAGCCUGUUCUCGGAAGUGAUUGGAGAUGCCAUUGCUCUCGCCAUUGUGUGCUACGCCAUCAACAUCUCCCUGGGGAAAACGUUUGGCCUUAAAUAUGGCUACAAAGUGGACAGCAAUCAAGAGCUGAUCGCGCUUGGCCUGAGCAACGCGAUCGGAGGCUGCUUCCAGUGCUACACCGUGACCUCAUCCUUGUCCAGAAGCCUGGUCCAGGAAAGCACAGGCGGCAAGACACAAGUUGCAGGCCUGGUUUCCUCCGUCAUUGUGUUGGUCACGAUAUUAAAGAUCGGUUCUCUGUUUGAGAAUCUUCCCAAGGCUGUCUUGGCUGCUGUCGUAUUUGUCAACUUAAAAGGAAUUUUUAAGCAGUUCACGGACGUGCCGAAGCUGUGGAAGACCAACAAGAUGGAGCUGCUUGUGUGGCUCCUGACGUUUAUGAGCACGAUCCUGCUGAAUUUGGACCUGGGCUUGGUCGUCUCUGUGAUUGGUUGCAUGCUCAUCUUCAUCUUCCGAACACAGAUGCCUCGCUACUCCAUCUUGGGUGAAGUGAAAGGUACUGGGGUGUAUGUGGACGUGGACAUCUACAAGGAGGCCAGAGAGAUUCCUGGGAUUAAAAUCUUCCGCUCCUCCACAACCAUCUACUACACGAAUGCAGAGAUGUACUUAGAGGCCCUGGAAGAAAAGAGUGGUAUCCAGAUUGAGAAGCUGCUGAAGGCCAAGAAAAGGGAAGAGAAAAAGAUGAAACGGUUGCAGGAGAAACGGAAGAAGAAGGCCAAGAAGGACGCAAAGAAGCUGAAGAAAAACCCGCUGAAUGGCGCACUGUCCAUGAAAGAUGCCGUCUCACUGGAUAUGGACCGCUCCAGUCAGGCGAGCGACUCAGCGACGGGUCACAAGUCUGUGAACGGCCACGUCAAUUCUGCGUACCAACACGACGCCGUUGCAUCAGACUCUGACUCCAAUACUGGAGUCAGUAGCAACCAAAUACUGGAGCACCAGACUGAAGACGGCGAGGACAGCGUCUACAAAUGCGACACUCACAGCAUCAUCCUGGAUCUGUCCACCACCAGCUUCGUGGACACAGCUGCUGUCAAGACCUUGAAGAUUACGUUCAUGGACUUUGCCGAGAUUAACGUGGACGUCUAUCUAGCGGGCUGUCAAGCUUGUGUCGUGGACCAGCUGGAGGCAGUGGGCUUCUUCUCAGAGACCAUCCCAAAAACCAGAUUGUUUGUGAGCAUCCAUGACGCUGUGGUGCACAUUCUAAUGAAACACUCGGACUUGAACCUGGUGAGUCUUCCAACUCUUUAUCUAUCAGGGAACUGUGCUUUAUUUGGUUUUAAUUGCUGUAUUUUUUAUAUUUAA